CCCGCCUUUAUUACGCCGUCCCUGCGUGCCGGAAUAGCUAGCCGGCUAGGUCCUGUUAAUGGUGGUUAAAGCAGUUCGCACCAGGACAAUGCUUCGGAGCUUCUGGUGAGAAAGCGGGCGUCAUGCAGCGACGCCACAGUAGCAACACAGAUGGCAUGCCGCCAGAAAGGAACAGGAGCCAAACAAUUGGAUCAGAGGGCAGUCUGGAUGAAGGAGGAGUGUUCGACUGUCUGAAGCCAGACUCACCUGCCUCUCCCCAGCAGCUCUUCUCUGGGCUUGUGGGGGUCUCCUCAGGCUCCGUGCCCGCCACCCCCUUCCAGGCCGCAGGCCUCGUCCUCGGCUCUCCUCCAGAGGUCUUCAUCCAGAUGACUUCCUCUUCCCGGGAUGAAGGCCCUCACCGGGCAGAGAGCCCACCCUACCUCCCGCGGCCCCCACAGCUCAACCACCACCACCACUACCACCAGUCGGGGCAGCACCGCUCCGCUCUGCUCCAUUCUGCUUCCACGUCUGAGAGACAUGGAAACCGAGAGGAUGGCGAUGAAGCAUCUGCUCCAGCACCUGCCCUCACUGAGCUGAAAGCUGUGGUCUCAUGGCUGCAGAGGGGCUUUCCCUUUCUCCUCAUCCUCCUCACUAAAGUCUGCUUCCAGCACAAGCUUGGUAUUGCUGUAUGCAUUGGCAUGGCCAGCACAUUUGCAUUUGCUAAUUCAACUCUAAAGCACCAGGUGUCCCUACGGGAGGACAGGUCUGUGUUCGUUACGCUUUGGAUCCUGGCCUUUCUUGUGGGCAACAUUGUCUACGUCUACUACACAUUUAGUGCACAAGAGCUACACAGCAGCCUCAUAUUUGCCAAGCCGAAUAUCGACAGCUACGAUUUCUUCGAUCUGAUCUGGGUGGUUGGAAUCACUGACUUUGUCUUGAAGUUCUUCACCAUUUCUGUCAAGUGCUUGGUGCUCUUCCUACCCCAGAUCCUCCUAGCCUUCAAAUCUAGGGGGAAGAUGUAUCUGCUAAUCGAGGAGCUGAGCCAGCUCUUCCGGGCUCUGGUGCCCAUCCAGAUGUGGUAUAAGUACAUCAUGGGGGAAGACCCUUCCACCAGCUACUUCCUGGGUGCAGCACUGAUCAUCAUCUACAGCCUGUGUAAGUCGUUUGAUCUUUGUGGACGAGUAUCUGGUGUCCGAAAAGCAUUAGCCAUACUGUGUAGCUCCCAGAGUUAUGGUAUGAGAGCCAGCACUCAACAGUGCACGGAGGCAGGGGAUGUGUGUGCGAUCUGCCAGGCCGAUUUCAGAGAGCCAAUCGCUCUGCUCUGUCAGCAUGUGUUCUGCGAGGACUGUCUCUGCCUGUGGUUCGACCGGGAGCGAACAUGCCCACUGUGUCGCGCGGUAGUCAUGGAAACGCCUCGCAGCUGGAAGGACGGAACCACCUCGGCCCACUUUCAGAUCUACUGAGCAGGCCCGUGGCCUGGCAGCGUGAGCUAGGCUCUGGCGCUGGGCGCCCCACUGCUCCAGGGUUUCCGGCUGGCAGGAACGCUGUUCUGAACGCUUUGUGUCCAUCUCGAGGCAGCGUGAGUGUACAGGGGUGUUGGAGCAAGAUUUGCCGUUAUUUUUCAGUAUGUCAAAAUAGUCUGGAAAGUGCUGUAGAGUAACAUGGACUUCCUAAAGAUUCUCCAGCCACAUCUGUGUUUGCAUCGCAGAUGACAUUGCUUAGUCGUGCUGCCAGUAUGUCACUGACGUAAUGCACUGCCUUCAGUGAGGGGCUCUGUUAUACAGUGUUGCCCUUUGCUGAACUGCACCAGAACCAGGAGCCUUUUGGGUCAAAAUGAGUUCGAUGUCAUUGUAAUGCUGUCUGAGUAGAGUUGUAUGACAAUGUAUCAUACUUUCACUUCUGCUAUUAAAAGAAAACUACGUUUU